AUGGUUUACUCUAACAAGAAAUUGGGCGAAUGGUCUAGUGGUAUGAUUCUUCGUUUGGGUAUUCUCAACAACCUGAGCAGUAAAUUUCGAAGAGGCCCUGGGUUCGAUUCCCAUCAUCCCCCCUGGAGGAGCAAAACUUCAUAUAAAAUUGCAAAUACACUCGAUACCAUGUUGCAAAAGUUUUUAAUUUGUUUGUCGCUAAUAUUCACCCUUGCUUCGGCCAAUCUAUUUGACUUUUUGAACAAUCAGUUUCAAGGUGGUAAUGGCGGCGGCGGCGGCGGAAGACAUCAAAAUGGAGGUUCCAAGAGUCCGCAACAGCACGAGGAGGCAAUGCUCAAUGCCAACUGCAACACUUAUUUAUGUCCAGACACUGGAAUCUGCGUCGAUGCACCUAAAUUCUGCCCUUGCCCUUACCCUUCAUCUCAGUUGAGGUGUUUCUUGCCAGAUGGUCGAUAUGUAUGUAUUUCCAAGCCUGCUGGUUACGGCAUUGCAGACAAGUACAAUGAUCCACAAACAAAUUUCAAGAUUGAUGCCAAAGACGACAAUAUACGAGAUUGUGGAUGGGUCAACAGAGCUUGGAGGAAUGAAAAACUCAAAAAGUAG